ACGACCGUCAAUCCGGAGCCGACGGAAAAGGUUGCCGAGUGGCGCCGUCCAGAGCUCAUUUCCCAUUCUCCUCACUCGAGCUCACAUCGAACAGCUCUCGUGCAUUCAAAGGCUGUCCAAGAACACGCAAGCGCAACAUGCUCAGCAGUAGCAAGAUCGCCGCCGUGUGUCUCGCCGUCGUGGGCGCUAACCAACAGCGCGUAUGCUGAGAAGGAGGGCCGCCCAGACGUUCGGACUGCUUUGGCGCUGGUCUGCACGGUGGUGCGGGACUCUAUGGAGCUGGCGCUGCCGGUCUUCAUGGUGGAGCCGGCGUUGGUGCUGGUCUGUACGGUCGAGGUGCCGGCUAUGGUGGUGCUGGUGCUGGUCUGUACGGUCGAGGUGCUGGUGGCGUUGGUGCUGGGCUGUACGGUCGAGGCGCCGGAUAUGGUGGUGCUUGUGCUGGGCUGUUUGGUCGGGGAGCCGGCUACGGUGGCGCUGGUGCUGGGGUCGGAGCUGGCGUUGGCGGUGCGGGGCGUCGGUAACGGAUACGGCGGUGCUGGUGUCGGAGGAACUACGGGUGUCGGUGCUGGUGCCGGUGUCGGAGGGGGUGUGGAGUGGUAA